CACGGAUAAAUAAACAGGAUCUAGAAAAUCUAUGUUAGAUUACACUUUAAUUGUAAUUGUAAAUUUCUAUUGAAAUUGUACAGUAGGUAUAUCAUAUCUAGCCAAGCAUCCAAAAAUAGUGUCCAGUAUUUUUGUGAAUGUGUUGUCGGUGUAACACAAUAUUGUUCAAGUCAACAUUGUGAAUUAGGAUAAAAUCAUGAAAAUAGCUGUUGAAGGAUGCGCUCAUGGUGAGCUAGAAAAAAUCUACGACUUAGUUGAGUCGAUUCAGCUUCGUGAAAAAGUCAAAAUUGAUUUACUGAUCUGUUGUGGAGAUUUUCAAUCCACCAGAAACCUAGAAGAUCUGCAAUGUAUGGCUGUGCCGAAAAAGCAUCUAGACAUCUGCACUUUCUACAAAUAUUACAGCGGAGAAAAAGUAGCUCCUGUGUUAACAGUUUUUAUUGGAGGAAAUCACGAAGCAUCCAACUAUCUUCAAGAGUUGCCGUACGGAGGUUGGGUGGCACCGAAUAUUUAUUAUCUUGGAUAUGCAGGGGUAGUGAAUAUAAACGGUAUACGGAUAGGUGGGAUAUCAGGUAUCUAUAAAGGACAUGACUAUCUUAAAGGUAGGUUCGAGUUCUGUCCAUACAACGAGUCAACUAAGCGCAGUUCUUAUCAUAUACGUCAAAUCGACAUAUUUCGAUUAAAACAAUUGACUCCCAAAGUGGACAUCUUGCUGUCUCACGAUUGGCCACGUGGUGUGACCAACUUUGGCAAUAAAAAGCAGUUAGUGCGAUUUAAGCCUGCUUUCAAAGAGGAAAUAGAUGAAAAUAAGUUGGGAAGUCCACCGUGUGAAGAUUUACUGAUGACACUGAAACCGCCCUACUGGUUUUCUGCUCAUCUUCACUGUAAAUUUUCUGCACUGAUUCCUCAUGAUAAUGGAACGAGUACAAAGUUUCUAGCAUUGGACAAAUGUUUGCCUAAGAGAAGGUUUCUACAAGUGCUGGACAUAGAAUGUGAAGAUUCACAAUUAGUAGAAACAAAAAACGAAUUGUGUUAUGAUUUAGAAUGGCUCACUAUUUUACAUCUAACGAAUCAUCUUAUCAGCAUUAGGGGAAGUAACGGUUUUAUGCCAGGGGAAGGUGGCUGUGAACGAUUUAAUUUCACACCUACAAAAGAGGAGAAAGAAGCAGUUCUGCAGAGAUUUCAGAAUAGUCUUCGAAUUCCACUUAAUUUCACUAGAAUCGCUGAGCCAUAUAAUCCAUCAAUGCAAGUUGAUUUCGAUUUAGUCGAACAACCGAAAGCAUUCGUUAAUCCUCAAACAACAGAUUUUUGCGAUCGACUGAAUAUCGAUGACCCGCUAAGACUGGCAAUGUUGAUGACUGGUCAUGAUCUCAACACUUCCAACUAUGUCGAUCGUAAUGCGCCAAAUGACUCAGUCAGCUCGGAACGUAACGAAAAUGAGCUGCUUAUCGCUGACGAUAGCUUAUCGAAUGAAGAGGAACCGGAACAGGUUGAAAUUCCCUUUCAAAGCAGAGCUCCAUUAGCUUCGGUAUUACCGAAACCUAUGUGGAGACACGAUUCUACUACCACCGAAGAAGCAUCCACUUUGGACGAGUCUUCGCUGUCGACAUCCACCAACCGCAGCUUAUUGAGUUUGCCAACCCCAAACAAGCAGCAAAAUUCGAAUUUGUCGGAUAAUUUUACGAUUGAUGGACUAAAUCUUUCUAGUCCAAAAAUGUUAAAGGCUAUCUCCUCGGCCGGAGAAGAUGUUAAAUCGUUGGUAAAUACUUGCGUUGAAGAUCAGCAACCGGCGUUAGCUGAAACUGAAGAUAAGCCACCAGUAAAAAAGUUCAAACGUAGAAAUCAAGCAAUCUACGCUAAAGAAGAUAGUGAUUGAAGUACAGAGAACAGACUUCCAGGCUGCCUUCUUGUGUAAAUUUUUGCAGCUAUGAGGAAUUAAGUGCUUGCUACCGUUUUUUUGGCGGUACUAGUUGGUAAGUUUAGUGACAUCUAGAUCAUAAUUAUUAAACUACCAACGGUUCCGCUUAAAAAUGUUCUUAUAGUAAAUUAAGAUAUUUCUUCUUGUCUGAAUGUCUGUUCUCUGUGAUUGAACUUAGCAAAAGAUUUAUAUCUAAUAUUCUCAAACGAGUAUAGGAAUAUUUCACAUUUUUCUGAUGAAAUGCAAUAUUUGGUGUAUAACGUUAAAAAUUUACUUGUAGCCAGCAGCAUGAUUGUACGAAACAAUUAAGUUUUAAGAUUAGCAAUGAUUUUCGUACUAAUUAAUAACUGUAAACCACUUUGAACUUAAGAGCUGUAAAAGA